AUGGUCUCUCCUUUGUUCGGCGAGGCCUUAGGUCUCGCCUUGACCCUGCUUCGCUCCCUGUCUGCUGAUUUCGGCCCUUCUUCUACUCUCCGUUCUUCCUUUAUUACCUGGCUAUGCUGCCGUUUCCAGCUCCUUAAAACUGCAAUUGACUUCGUCAUGGAGCUCUUCUACCUUUUCUUUUGCCUUUCCUUGACUGUCGCACAGUCCCCGGUCGUCAACCUAGACUAUGCUAGCUACCGAGGACGUUCAUUGCCAAAUGGUGUCUCGCAGUGGUUAGGAAUGCGCUUCGCCGCUCCUCCAAUUGGGGAUUUACGGUUUGCUGCUCCUGAAGAUCCGACAACUCAGCAAGGGGUUCAGAACGCAACCAAUCAUGGACUUCUCUGUAUCCCCGUCGCAAGCAGUCUAAACACUCCAGUUCCAAAGCAGAGGUCCGAAGAUUGUCUCUUUCUAGAUGUUUAUGCGCCUACGAAGUCAAUUAGAUCAAACGGCACGCUGCCUGUAUACUUCUUCAUUCAAGGUGGAGGAUUUGCUGACCUCUCCAAUGCAAACUAUAAUGGAUCGGGCCUGGUACAAGCCUCCGGCCGGAAUAUGAUUGUUGUCACAUUCAAUUAUCGCGUGGGUCCUUACGGCUUUCUCGCCAGUGACGAAGUGGAGAGCGGAGGUAGUCUCAACAAUGGUCUAAAAGAUCAGAUUAAAGCUCUGAAGUGGGUGAAGAAGUAUAUCCGCAAUUUCGGAGGAGACCCAAACCGCAUCGUCAUCGGCGGUGACAGCGCCGGCGGCGCAUCCGUAACCCUCCUUCUAUCCGCCUACGGCGGCCGAAACGACAGCCUCUUCAUCGGCGCAGCAGCUGAAUCCCAAAGUUUCGGAACAAUGCUAGACGUCUCCGAAAGCCAAUUCGCCUACGACAACCUUGUCUCCCGCACAGGGUGUACCAAUCAAGACGACACACUCGCCUGCCUCCGCAGCCUAGACAUAAAGACUCUCCAAAACCAAAACAUCGGCACUCCACUGCCCGGCGGCACAAACAAACCCUUAUACCUCUACAGCCCAACCAUAGACGGCGACCUAGUCCAAGACCACACGCUCACUCUCUUCCGCAAGGGGAAAUUCAUCAAAGUCCCCGUCAUCUUCGGCGACGACACGGACGAAGGCACCAUCUUUGUUCCGAAGAGUACUUCCACCCUCGCUGCGGCCGAUACCUUCAUCAAGGACCAAUUCCCAAGUAUAUCAGCGUCCCAAAUGGCCAAAGCGCCUACUGGCCCCCCCACAGCCUCCGCCUACGGCGAAAUCCGCUACAUAUGCCCGGGCAUCGAGAUGAGCUCCGUCUACGCAGCUGCAGGCGUUAAUAGCUGGAACUACCACUUCGCCGUGCAAGACCCGCAUUUCGAAGAAAUCGGCGAAGGAACAACGCACACCGUCGAGGUGAAUGCGAUCUGGGGACCCGAUUAUGUGAGCGGUGUUCCGCCGGACUCGUAUUAUACGAGCAAUGCGCCCAUUGUCCCGCUGAUGCAGGGCUAUUGGACGAGUUUUGGUCGCCGGAGUGGGGGACUUGGGGGGAACUAUAGGCGGAUCUUUGUUAGGACGAAUGAGACGGCUAUGGAGAGUGUGCCGGCUGCGCAGAGGGAGAGGUGUAAGUAUUUGGCUAGUAUUGGGGUGGACUUGAGGCAGUGA